CCCAUGGUUUGAUGCUCCUUGUGAGUGUUGCCAUCACAUGUUCAUGGUUUCUUACUUUCUCAUAAAUAUGCGAUUUGACUUUUCACCUCAACCUCGUGCGACAACAUAUGUGUGUGUUUAUAUUUUCAUGACCCCAAUGCAUGGUCCUCUAGGCUUCUCUCGAUUUUCUCAGCCACAAGAUCACCAUUUGCAGACAUCACUUAUUCUACAGAUACGUUGAGCCUUUUCCUUCUCCCACUACAGAGUGUGCACCGCAGCAGUCAUCAUGCCUGAUCCUAGACCAAAGAGGAAGGCAGAAGCCGUGGAGGUUCCUGAGCUAGAUCAAGACCCAGCAGAGCGUAAACGCUUACUAAACGUCCUUGCUCAGAGGCGGUACCGUCAGCGAAAGAAGGAGCACGUCAAGGAGCUCGAGGCUCAAGUAAAUACCGCCACAGAGUCUCAAUCCACUCCAAACGCUGUCAGCGUGUCAUCAGACCAGCCAUCGGAUAACUCGACCCUUUCACCACUUACUCAGCAAACCUCGGUCUCUCAUCCUAGUAUGUCGACGAACAAGUCAACGUCCCAGUCCGAUCAGCAGCUCGACCCUCGUAUUUUUGAACCCAUGGAUGAGCCCACAGCUCUCAAUACUGACCGAGACUUGCUGUCUGCGACCCACCACCAAGCUCAGUCGAGAUUCACUCAAUCUGACAUAUUUGCAAGUUACGACAGUGAUGGCCAGAUGCUUUGCCUUCCUGUCGAUGACGAAUGCUUUUGGGACAUGUCUGUCGUGAUCCCUUCAUUACCAAAUAGUCCAUUAUCAACAUCAACUGGCACUUCAUCCACCGGGAGCAUUGCACCGUCUAUGGUUGCACAUCCAUUGGCAGACGACUCGGAUAGGCUAUCCCCCCAACAAUCGUCGAGGCAGGCAUCAAGACUACCAUUUCUCCAACCAUAUGCCCAAUACUCGUUUCCGGAUGAAGCUCACCUAGAGGUUUUGGAACUAGACCUGCUUCGCGGGUGCAUGGCAAUUGCAACUCGUCUCAACGUGCAAGAAUCCAUGUGGUCUUUGGCCGCCCAGUCUCCAUUUACAGACCCAACCAUCUCACUCGAACACUGGUCCCACCUUCCUGACAAUUUGCAGCCAACAAUCGUACAGAUGACAGUCCCUCAUCAUCCUAUCAUCGACCUACUACCAUGGCCAGCAGUCCGCGACAGGAUGGCCAAUGUCAUGGCACAGCCUGUCCAAGUCCGCCCGCCCCAAGCAGCGUCUCCCUUGGCCUUGUUGGACUUUGUGUAUGACAUCGAAGACUCAUCUGAAGGCAUCCGAAUCUCUGGGAACGAUCCUUACUCGGGCAUAAACUGGGAAAUAGGAGAAAAAGUCUUCAAAUCCUGGUGGUGGAUUUUUGAUCGCGGCGUCAUCCAAAGAAGUAAUGAACUACGGCAACAGAGAGGAGCACCGAUACUAGGAUCUAGUAUGGGUGCCGUAUUGGGUGAAGUGUUAUGAUGCAACACUUCCAGCUAGCAGAUGCCGCUGCUACGAUUUCUCAGCUAACUCAGUGGUUUGAAGAUACCCCUCGGUCCAAACUGUUGCCUAGGUGUCAGCCACCUUGGAAAUGAGAAUUGAUCGCGUCUCGACACUCUUCCGUGGUGGAGCCUCAGCAGGCGCCCGUGGGUUCUUGACUGGUACAUGGGGACAAUCUGAUGUGUGGGGUGAUCAGUCAGUACCCCAGCGGGUGGGUCGAUGUCUUGCACACUUACAUCGUGCCUGAGGUCCUUUCUCCGAGUCGUACAUGAUGAAAAUGAACAACUCGUCCAUUGUCAUACUGUCUAGCCAGUACCUGGACUCCAUAUCAGGCUCACCGGCGUCUAAGAGGACCUUAUGGAUUGGGAUCUCUUUCUCACCAUUUUUGGUCAGGGUUAUACUUGAGAUAAUAGACUUCCCCCUCAUUACUCGGAAUCACCCGAUCUGCGGGCACCAAGUCAUCUGGAUCGACGCUCCGGAAGUCGCACAACGCAAGUGGGUUAUCCUCCAGCGAAGCCAACAAUGGCCGCCAAGUGCUUUGGCCUGUAAGCAUACUCCUUGUUUAGUUUCAAUGCCACCAUCGCAAACUCACUUGACAAUUCGAAAUCGGUAUCCUCCGUUAUGGUAUACCGCCUUCAAUUCUUCUGGGAGGUGGUCGGCAAUGAUAUUUGGACCACUGAUAGCCGUCACAUCAUUGUGCGCGCCUGCAGCUGGGCCGUCCGGGAUUGUCCAGUCAUUGAGAUCCACGACCAUGGCCUCCCUCUGGACAUUAUGUCGCAACUAUUCGUGUCUCAGGGUCAGGAAAGGUGGGAAGGUUCCCUGGCUCAGUGGCCUGGUGGCCGGCGAGAGGAAGUAGCGUUGGAUGAUUUCUCUUCUCCAGGAGUAUCUUACCGUGACCUCCCAACAUACGACUCGGUCAACGCCAAAUUGCGCCCGCAGAAACUUUUCGGUCUGAGUCUGAUAUUGCCUAAGACCGCUCCAUCCUUGGAUAUCGGAGACGUCAAACAGAUCAGUCACGACCUCGAAUCCCGUCUUGUCCAGCCCAAACGCCGAGGGCUCGCAGUCUCGAAUGUCCUUGACGAGGAUAUUUUCAUGUUGCUCGAACUCAAGGUUACUGGUCUGGGUAUCGGGAGGGAGAUUGGCCGCCUGUUCUGGCGAUACAAGCACACAAUAUGGCUUUUCUCGCUUGUAAAGAUCGAGGUCCGCGAGAUAGCCAAUCGAGGUGACGAUGUCAGGCAUCUUGGUCUCGUGUUGUACCGAUAAAGCACACAAACACACACACUCUCUCUUUGUCUACAAGAGGAUCAAUGAAUCAGAUGUCUUCCGUUCUGCAUUUGCGUAGCCGGGUCAAUAUCCAUGGAAUGCCGACAGAGGCUGCCGAAAGCCUGACUUUCCGGUGACACCAUCCAUUCGAAGGUUUGGCAACAGCGUCUUUCGUAUGAAUUUGCGCCUGAUUACCCUGCCCCCGUGAAUACUUGGAUUGUCCCCCUGUUGUGGUAUGAGUUACAAGAAAAGCUGGACAAGGAUUUGAUUGGCAUAACUGGAAAUUGUAAUGACCGGAAUGGACCUUCAGUUGCCUGAUGAUGCGUCCUAUACCUUGGCCCAGUGGGCUCUAGAGGGACGCGCCAUGCAGCUGUUGUGCCGUCCCAUAGAUUGAACAGCAACAACGUACAUACAGUGUCCGUUCGAUCACGGGAAAAGCGGCCCGGAUACGACAAAUGAAUCGAUAGGAGACACAGAGAGGGUGCCUUUUCCGGUGGAGGAUAAUCAGCCAAACCAACUCAGUUGCGUAUG